AACGCAAAAGGAAAGGUAGCACUCUUUUAAGGCCUUCCGCGCAUCCGAAGAAAGCAAAGGCUUCUCAGUCUUCGGAAAAGGAAGCGGUUUCGGAAGUCAUGCCUCCUCCUAAGAGCCUUCUUCACUUCAUGCCCUUGCCAGGGCAGAAGUUAAAGAGUGUGGUGGUUGCUGAAUCGCCGCCCGUGGACCAGCCGCCGAUCGAGGAAGAUGUUAUCCCCUCUCCCUUGAAGCCAUCUGCUGCUUUGGGGGUCGAAAUCCAGGAUAUCACCGAGGUGGUGGAGGCGAUUGAAGCCGAUUUUGCUCCUGCCUCGGAUGUCCCUGAGGUAGCUGAGGAGAAGAAGGAGUCUGCUGAUCUUCCCUUCGAAAGAGAGAAGAGUCCAGACAAGGAGAUGGUAGAUCUCUCGGGCCCCGAAGCUGCGGUUCCCGAGGUUCAGAAAGAGGUUCCCUCUGCUGGAGAGGAGGAGCAGCCCGAGCAAGGUCUGACAAGGAAGAGGCGCCACUCGACUUUGGGUUCUACUUCCACCUCGGCCUUGGAUAGGCUGAUCCAUGCUGAUCCCUGUUCGGAUGUUCCGCUGAAACGGAUCCCCGAAGAAGUAAGGGAGGCGAUGGCUCGGUAUGCCAGGGCUCCGAUUUUGGGAGAGGACCCCUUGGCUCACGUGGGAUCCUUGGUGGGCCCCGAAGCUGCUCGGGAGAAUCUGCUUCGUGCUAACCCGCAGUGGAGGGUUCCUGGGGCUGAAGAGAGGAAUCCGGCUAUGAUGGCCCAGUACUAUCUGAACGAGGUAAUUGCUGGAUUUUUCUCUUUAAGUUGUGUUUUUGUUUUAUGCUUUUCCUAUUUUUGCUCAUCUUUCCCUCGUUCCCAGGCUGUUUUCUGGUCCUCGUUCGCUUCCGAGUGCAGCUCGGUUGAGGAGAAGAAAUUGAGGAAAUAUCGUGAGGCUUAUGCUCGUGAUAUUCCCAUUUUGGACCAGAAGGCUGAGCAACUCCUCUCCGAGCUUACGGAAGUCAAGCAGCUAUACCUUCAGUAUAGUCGCGAGGCUAGAGAGUCUGCUGAGAAGAUCGGGGCCGAGGUUGGCCAGCUCAUCUUCCGAGUUGAAGAGGAUGCUGAGAAGAUCGCUUCCUUUGCUGAGGAAAAGAAGGAUAUGGCCGCUAAGUUCGCUAGCGAACUUGAAGAAAAAGAUAGACUCUUCCAGGAGAUGAAGUCUAAAUUUGAAGCGGCCGAUAAGGAGAGUAAAGAGGCAGAGUUGAGACUUUGCGAUUUUGUCCAGCAUCGGGAGCUGAUCCAGCAGCAAGCCGAUAAGGUGCCUGUUCUUCGGCUGAAGCUCCGGGAAAAGGACGACUAUAUUCGGAAGUUGGAGCAAGAGCGAGUCGACCUCUACACUGCUGAUCGGUGUAGAGAGCAGUAUUGGAAUGGCAUCCUGGGUGCUCGGCGCAUGUUUGCGAAGCACAUGCCUCACUUCCCUUGGAACGAGAAAGUUCCCCUCUGGAUGCAGGCCGAGGACCACUUGGUGGAAUGCCAAGCUGAUCGAGAUGAAGCUGAAGCUGAACGCCAAGCUGCUCUUGCAGAGGCUCGGGCCCAGAAGGCGACUUCCGAGGGUGAUACUACUGCUGGGGGUUCUUCGAAGGAUGCUCCCCUAGGGGCUGCUCCUGAGACUCCCAAGAGUUAGGGAUUCGGGCAGUCGUCUUCUUCAGAGUCGGUCGGUUCCAGUUGAGGACUUCCGAAUAUGUGCUUGCUUUUCCCCUUUUUGCCUCGGCGCUGCGUUGUACUCAUUUCUUUUUGAUUUCUUAGUACUUCGGUAGGCCGGUAUUGUCUGUUGAUGGCUGCCGAUUUUAACUGUUUCAUUUUGUUUUCAAUUUUUGAGGUUUUUCAAUGUAUUUGUACUUCCCCCAAACAUUGAAUGAAAAAUGAAUGUUUGUUACUUGGCUGCUUCUUUUCAAUUUUGUACUUUCGCAAUUUUAAGUCUUUGAAUCCGUAGACUUUCGAGCUUUUCUUUCUGUAGACUUGCUGAAAACCUUUUGAUCUUGCGAGCUCUUUAAAUCCGUAGAUCUGUUAAGAGACUUUUUAUCUUUGCGAGUUCUUCAAAUCCGUAGAUCUGCUAAGAGACUCUUUAACUUUGCGAGUUCUUCAAAUCCGUAGAUCUGCUAAGAGACUCUUUAGUUUUGCGAGUUCUUCAAAUCCUUAGAUCUGCUAAGAGACUCUUUGGUUUUGCGAGUUCUUCAAAUCCGUAGAUCUGCUAAGAGACUCUUUAGUUUCCAGACUCUUCAAAUCCGUCGAUCUGCUCAGAGGUCUGGAUUGUUCUUCCGAUCUCUUGUGGUUCGGAAACCUGGGCAAGAGAUCGCUAGUCUGCCUCUUAGUUAUGUCUUUGGCGAUCCGUGGAUCUGAGCCGAAGUUUUAUAACUUGAUUCGAGCGACUGUUUGUUGCGAACAAAUUUUAUCUGGGUAUCGCGAAUCCGAGGAUUCUGGACGAUUCCCUGUAUGAUUUGGUCAUUUCUUGCAUUUUAUCAAGGAAUGGGCAAAGUCAACCUGUUUUUAGUCUCGGAUUGAUCAGAUCCGAGGCUGCAUGUAUAUAUAAAGGGACAAUAAAUAUAGAGAUAAGUUUAAUGAAACUCAUGGUGCCAAUGGCUUUCCUCUACUCAUUAAACAACUUACUUGGUUUACAGACAGAGAUCAUACAAAAUAUUUCUUGAGAACAUCGGUAUUCCAAUGGUUCUUCAAAAUUGUUCCAUCUAACUGUUUCAGCAUAAACGUGCCUGGCCUUUUUUCGGAAUGGAUGAUGUAUGGUCCUUCCCAAGUGGCUGAGAGUUUGCCAUGGAUCCGUCCUUUCUGAACCGAGGCGGCGUUUCUGAGUACUAGAUCACCGGCUUUUAGGGGUCUGGCGUUGACUCUUCGGUUGUAAUGCUUGUUGACCCUCUGCAAAUAGGCUGCGUUGAGUGUCCUUGCAUCGUUCCGAGUUUCGUCCAGUAGAUCGAGAGCUUCGGACAGAAGUUGGUUGUUGCUUUCUCCUUGGAGUCCAUCAUACCUGUUGUAUGCCUGGAUCCUCAGGCUUUCUGUUCCGAUUUCCACAGGGAUGACAGCUUCGGAUCCAUAUACGAGGUGGAACGGUGUUUGCCCGGUAGCUUCUUUCUCAGUGGUCCGAAGGGACCAUAGCGUUCCGGGUAGCUCUUCUAACCAUUUGUUUUUGUCAUCCUCGACUCUUUUCUUGAGUGCAUUGAGGAUGAGUUUGUUGGCAGCUUCGGCUUGCCCGUUGCUUUGUGGGUGGCAAACUGCCGAGUAAGCUAGGUGUAUGCCGAACUGUUUGCACCAUUUUUGCAACGGGGUGUUGUCGAACUGUUUACCGUGGUCGAAGACCAUCAGUCUUGGUAUGCCGAACCUUGUGAUGAUGUUCUGCCAUAUGAACUUGCGGACCUGAGGUUCGGUGAUGGAGUAGACAGCUUCAGCUUCGAUCCAUUUGCUAAAAUAGUCGACUCCUACGAUCAACCACUUCUUCUGGUUCGUAGCUGAGGGGAAGGGACCAAUGAUGUCUAACCCCCACUGUGCGAAUGGUAAGGGAUACAGUGUUGAUUGUAGGGUUUGAGCUGGUUGAUGGAUGGCUGGUGCGAACUUUUGGCAUUUCUCGCAUUUCCUUGCCAUCUGCUUUGCCUCGUAAACCAUAGUGGGCCACCAGUAUCCGGCCCGAAGGGCUUUAUGUGCCAAUGUCCUGCCUCCGAUGUGAUUUCCGCAUAUCCCGAGGUGGAUUUCUCUUAGGAUGUAGUCAGCGUCUGUUGGACCCACACAUUUUAGCAGCGGAGCAGAGAAUGAUUUCCUCAUGAGCUCUCCUUCGGCGCUGAUGAUGAACCACUUGUCGAAUCUUUUCAGUUUUCUCGCCUGCAGCUUAUCUUCGGGAAGUUCUCCCCUUUCUUUGUAUGCAACUACUGCGUCCAUCCAGCUGGGUUCGGUACGUAAACUGCAUACUGUGGUGGGUAGCAAGUCAAUGCUUCUCUCUUGGUGAACUUCCACGUGGACCGACCUGUUUAGGUCGAUGAGUGUUGAGCUCGCGAGUUUUGACAGUGCGUCUGCUUGCGUGUUUUGUCCUCGGGGGAUGAGAAUGACUUCAAAGGAUCUUAACUUUGACGUUAAGGAUUUAAUUUUUGCUAAGUAAGCUGUCAUGCUGGGCCAUUUUCAUACUCCCCUCGGAUCUGGUUGGCUACAAGCUGGGAAUCAAUUUUGAGGCAAACAUGCUCGGCCUCCAGGGAUAAGCAAAGCUCUAUCCCUGCGAUUGCGGCCUCAUAUUCGGCCUCGUUGUUAGUUGCUUUGAAGCCGAACUUCAAUGCAUACUCUAUGCUUUUCCCCGUCGGGGGGAUUAGUACAACUCCUGCUCCUGAGCCGUUUACUGUGGAAGAUCCGUCAGUGAAGACCUCCCAAGUGCUUUUCGUAUCAUCCAGCAUUUCCUGGUAUGAGCACUCGGCCAAGAAGUCUGCCAACGCUUGUGCUUUGAUUGCUGUCCUCGGCUGAUAUUUGAUGCCGAACUCUGAUAGUUCGAAGGCCCAGGCAGCCAAUCUUCCUGACCUCUCUAUUUUGUCGAGUACUUUCUCGAGCGGUUGGUCAGUUAGUACUGUGAUCUGGUGGGAGUCGAAGUAUGGCCUCAGUUUUCGUGCAGCUACCACUACUGCAUAUGCGACUUUCUCGAUGAGCGGGUACCGGGUUUCGGCCCCUGUGAGUGUUCGGCUGGUGAAGUAGAUUGGUUGUUGCUUCUUUUCUUCUUCCCGAAGAAGCACUGCGCUGACGGUUCCAGGGCUAACUGCGACAUAUAGGUACAGGGUUUCCCCCUCCUUUGGUCUGGCCAGUGUCGGCAGUUGAGCUAGGUGGGCUCUGAGUUGCUGAAAAGCUUCUUUUUGCUCCUGUUCCCAUAUCAGUUCGGGAUCCACUUUCCUCGGGACCCCCUUUUUCUUGACUGGUUCUGUUUCUCCCCCGGGGGGGUUCUUUGGUUUCAGUGCUUUGAAGAAGGGGGCUCCUUUGUCCGAAGCUUUUGAUAUGAACCUUGUUAGUGCGGCUAACCUGCCGGUUAGCCUCUGCACAUCUCUUUUGGUCUUCGGCUCGGGUAGAUCCAAUGCCGCUUGGACAUUGUCUGGGUUCGCGUCAAUUCCUCUUUCGCUCACCAUGAAUCCAAGGAACUUCCCUGACUUCACCCCGAAGACGCAUUUUUUUGGGUUCAGCUUCAUGCUGUAUUUCCUCAGAUUUCCGAAGGUCUCUGCCAAGUCUUUGACAUGGUCUUCUUCCUUGAUGCUUUUUACGAUGGAGUCAUCCACAUAGACCUCCACAUUCCUCCCUUUCUGGUCGGCGAAGACAUGAUCAACUAGCCUCUGGUAGGUGGCUCCGGCAUUUUUCAAGCCGAAAGGCAUCAUUUUGUAGUUGAACACUCCUGCACUUGUGAUGAAUGCUGUCUUUGCCCUGUCGUCGGGGUGCAUGAACACUUGGUGGUAGCCUGAAAAGGCAUCCAUGAAGCUGAGUAGUGCAUGGCCGCUGGUGGAGUCAACCAAUUGAUCUAUCCUUGGCAGGGGAUAGCAGUCUUUGGGGCAGGCUCGGUUCAGAUCUGUGAAAUCCACGCACAUUCGCCAUGAGCCGUUCGCUUUUUUGACCAUCACCACGUUGGCCAGCCACUUCGGAUACAUGCAUGGUUCGAUGAAUCCGGCCUCUUGCAACUUUUUCACCUCCUCGGCGAUGGCU